AUGGAAAGCUAAAUAACCUUGCAAAAAGAGAAAGAGACUAGCAACUCAGUGAUUUUUAGAGUAGAUGAUUCAAGUGUUGAUCAGGAAGCUGAGUAAGAAAAAUUAAAACAACUGCAGUUGAAAUUCUCUGACAUUGAGAAAUAGAGACAGGCUUCUAAAAAGGAAAGAGUUGAUGAAUAAGAUAAAGAAAAAGACCCUGACGAAGAUUUCAAAUUGAUCGAUCAAAAGUUUAACAAAUCUUUGCAAGAAAUCACAUCGUAGUUAGAAGUGUGGAAUAGUAUGGGUGGAGAUAAAGAGAAAAUGGAAAAGCAUUUUGAAGACCAGUUUGCAUCGUAUCGUUAAUUGAGAGAUUAUAUAGCAACUUAUGCCUAUUCAGUUCCAACAUAUUAGCUUCAGUAGUGCUAGGCAGGCUUAGAUCAGCUUAAUGAGAAAAUAACAGCUUAAAAGGAACUAGCUUUCCCAAAAAAGAAGUUUGCAUUUGUCAGAAAAACUCAACCUAAAGCAGAAAAGAAAGAUGAGGAAAAGAAAGAGACUUCAGUAGGUGCAACUUAGAGUACUAUUGUAAAUAACUCUCUGGGAAAUCAUCUAUUGAUCAAAGAUUAAUACAAUAAGAAUAUAAAAAAGACAGAGGAGGAAUACUUUGGAAAGGAAAAUGUGAUUAUUGAAGGGUUGGAGAACUGUAGUAUUUAUUUGCCCUUCCUUGUUAAAAGUCUCUAUAUCAAAAACAUCACUGAUUGUAAAAUUUUUGUCGGAGCCGUAUCUGGAGCUAGUUUUGUGAAUAAUGCAACUAAUUGUGAAAUCUAUCUCUGCUCACAUUAGAUUAGAAUCCACAACUCUGCUAAAACCAAAUUUUUCUUGAUUGCAAAGAGUAAUCCAAUUAUUGAACAUUGCAAAAACAUGCUAUUUGGGACCUACAAUUGCACUUAUCAAAAUCAUGAGCAACAUUUGAAAGAAAGUUCAUUGUUUUAGAUAAAGAAUUUCUGGAAUCUCAUUUUAGACUUUAACUGGCACAGACAAGACAAAUCACCUAACUGGGAUAUUAUUUCAGAUGAUAGUGAGCAUUAUAAGGAAACAAUAGAUCUUGAUUAGGUCUAGGUUUGA